UCGACGGACGCAUGCUGCCAUCUCCAUUUUCAUAAAGUCAAGGCGCCGCGACAGGACCACUCAUCCGCAGUUGUCAGUAGCCGUGCGCUAUAGCAGCGAGAGCUCUACAUGCGAAGAAGUGGACAUUAAACUGGACUAUUUAUUUUUAUUUAUCUUUUUCUACCCACUGAAAGCUUGAUUUUUAAUUGCACAUUUUGCAUUACGAACUGAUUUUAAACUAAAAAAUGGAGAAUCAAGAAAGCGAGUAUCUCCCGGAGCUUCUCGCGGAGAAGGACAGUAUGGAUGUCUCGUUUACGCACGCUAUGAAACUUUUAUCUACAGAAAUCGAGAGAAUCCAGAAAGGUGAACCCAAGAAGGAAGGGGGAGACUCGUAUCUGGACCUUUUCACCGUCAAGAAUAUCAAACUGAAGGAACGCGUGCUCAUACCCGUCAAACAGUAUCCGAGGUUCAACUUUGUGGGGAAGAUUCUUGGCCCUCAGGGCAACACAAUCAAACGCCUUCAGGAAGAGACUGGGGCCAAGAUCUCUGUACUUGGCAAAGGUUCCAUGAGGGACAAAGCCAAGGAGGAGGGUCUGAGGAAAGGUGGCGACGCCAAGUACGCACACCUGUCUAUGGAGCUGCAUGUCUUCAUCGAGGUGUUUGCCCCCGUGCCCGAGGCUUACCUACGCAUGGCGCACGCCAUGGAGGAAGUCAAGAAGUUCCUGUUUCCUGAUAUGAUGGAUGACAUCUGUCAGGAACAGUUCAUGGAGAUGGGUUAUCUGAACGGAGGCCAGGAGCACGGGCCAGGGGCCCCACGAGGCCGAGGAGGACCACCGGGCCCCAGGAGCCGAGGAGGGCCUCCGGGACAACCAGGGGCACCCAGGGGUAGGGGUAUGCCCCAACGUGGAGGUACCACCAGGGGAGGUCCAGCCAGAGGCGGAGUAGCGAGGGGGGCACCAGCAGGAAGAGGAACCCCUGCCAGAGGGGCAACAGCGCCCCGAGCCAGACUCACUGCCCCUGGUGGGCCUCCAAGAACCCUUCCUCCCCCCCACCAACACGCCCCAGCACCGGAACAAUAUGAGGAAUAUACAGACCCUCGGUUUCAUCAGCUGUCCGGCUGGCUGGUCUCAGACGAUCCCUCAGGGGAAGAAGCCGGAUGUGGAGGUCCUGGCCUGGAGAGGUUACACGUGGGUCUGCGGUUAGAGCCAGAGUACUACGACUACGGACAUGGAGAAACACAGGAAGCAUACGAACCCUAUGCCCAGGACGACUGGAACGGGACCCAGAGAGUGGCGCCGGGGGGAAAGGCCCCCACUGCCAGAGCGACUAAGGGCCCUUACCGAGAACACCCCUAUAGACAAUACUAAACUCAUCACCGUGCCAACGCCUAGCGACCAACGCUACCGCCGUUAACGCGUUGCACCCGACAACCAACCAUCAACCUGUCGACCACGGCAGCUCUUGCUCUAAGCAACCCUCGACAAAAGUAAUUGUCCGUUUUUUGUUUUUUUGGUUUGGAAUUUUCUACACUGGACUUUUAUGAGCUGAAAAUCAGGAUCAUAACUGAUCGAAGCUGAUUUGAUAUUUAAUUCAGACAGUAAAACGUUUUUUUGUUUUUUUUGAUGGGGGUUGACGUUUUAGUUCUGUUUCUCUCUCUGACCCUCUUGUCUCCCUCUUGGCUUUUCUUUUGCACUGUUGACCUUUUUUAAGGGUUUUUUUUAUUUUUAAUGUUUGGAUUUAAACUCACUUCUAGUGGAGUUAGAUGACUUAUCCACUUGUUGUCGUCUUUUAAAGGGACAUUUCAAAAACGCUCUACUUCAUAUUCAUUAUCUCCAGUUCAACAUCAACAUAUGCGAACAUGGUACGUUUCUACGUUUUUGUAGUUUAAAAAAAUAGAACUGUUUCCGAUGACGACGUCGGUGUGCAACUAAUUGGUUGAUGUUAUUGGAAGCAGUUAUCUUCUUAUUUUCACAAGUAUUGAUGUUGGUUCUGGAGAUGAUGAAUAUGAAGUAGAACCAUUCAUUAUUUUGUUUAAAAAACUAUUACUUUGAGAGACAGUUGCAGAUUCCCAUUGAGGCUACAUUUCAAAGAUUUUUAUUUUUGUUAUUUUUUUAAAUAUAGCCAAGUAAAAGAAAUGUAAACACUGUUUUCAAUUAUGUAAUAUAGACCAAACAUAAAAACGCCAAGUCAAAGGAAACAGGAAAAACAAAACAAAUGUUAAUGGAAUUUGAUUUAGUAAUCCCAUUUGUUUUAAAUAGUUUUUAAUUAAAAGUUGUCAAUGUAGACUUUUUUUAUAUAAUUAAAUUUUGUCAUUGUACAUUUAGAGUUUUUAAAUAUAGGCCUGAUAUACCCUGUUGAGAUGGACUGUCCUCACAUACUACUUUUUUAUUUUUUAUUAAAGUUGGUUCAACUUUAAAGUUCAUUUUUAUUAUGUCUCUACAGUCAAUGUCUUUUUUUAUAAGUAGAAUACGGCCUUAGAUCGGCCUCAUGUCAUGAUAAAUAAUAUCACGUGUCAGUACAGGAUCUGAUUGGUUGAAUCUGAUUCUAUAAAACUGCAUGUAAAAAAAAUCUCCACAUGAAAGGGGGAUCCUGCAGCUUUUCAAUCUGAGCUCAUGUACAUACUUUAAAGCGUCCAAAUUGCACAUCCACUAUUCUGCCACUGGUAUAUGCAUUAAAAUGCAUUAUGCUCUAUGUGUUUGCCUAAAUAGGUAACUACUAAAUCUGUCCAAAAGAUGUUUUUUGCAGCAAUUUGUCAAUAAAGACUAGUUUGUUUUUCUAUGAAA